AUGGCUCCUGCAAAGAAGGGUGGCAAGAAGAAAGGCCAUUCUGCCAUCAAUGAGGUGGCGACUGGAGAAGACACCGUCAACAUUCCCAAGCACAUCCAUGGAGUGGAUUUCAAGAAAUGUGCCACUCAGGCCCUCAAACAGAUCUGGAGAUUUGCCAUGAAGGAGAUGGGAACUCCAGAUGUGUGCAUUGACACCAGGUUUGACAAAGGUGCCUGGGCCAAAGGAAUGAGGAAUAUUCCCUAUUGUUUCUGUGUGCAGUUGCCCAGAAAACAUAACAAGGAUGAAGACCCACCAAACCAGCUCUAUACGUUGGUUACCUAUGUAUCUGUCACCACCUUCAAAAUUGACUGA